UGUGACUUGUGUGUUUGAGUAUGGUAUCUAUACAUAACAAACAUCACAAUAAUAAAAUGCUGAUUCAUAUACUGAAACAACGGCCCAACAAAAGCCCAAUAGCUAAUACCAGAGAAAGCAAGCCCACAAAGCUUAAACCCCUCCUCCUCCAUCGCCUCAAACCCUAACGUCACUCAAAACUCUAAACAAACAGAAAUGGCUGCGAUAUGGUGGCGUGGCCUGAGAUCCGCGGCGGAGGCAGCUAAUCUACCGCCUUCUUCAUUCUCUCGAUCGAUUCGGUGUUUACAUCAGUACGAGACGAUUCAGGCGAUACCGAGAGAAGCCACGGGGCGAAGAGUAUCGGCUCGAGAUCGGACGAUUGGCCGGAUUCCCGCCGUCGUUUUCACUCAAUCGCUUCUACAGACCAACGCUGCGAAGAGAGACGGUUCGAGGAAGCAGCUUUUGACUGCUGAUAGGAAGCAGAUCAAGUCGAUUGUUGACUCUGUGGGUCUCCCGUUCUUCUGUUCGACUACUUUCAAGCUCCAGAUCAGGGCUGGGCAAGGCUCCUCGUCGCUUGUUGAGUCGGGUCGUGUGCUUCCCCUCAAGAUUCAUAGAGAUGAAGAGAGUGGGAAGAUACUUAAUUUAGUGUUCGUUUGGGCUAAUGAUGGAGAGAUGUUGAAGGUUGAUGUUCCUCUUGUUUUCAAAGGAUUAGAUGAUAGUCCUGGUCUUAAGAAAGGGGGAAAUCUACGGUCAAUGCGAAGCACUCUGAAGCUUCUAGGCCCAGCGGAACACAUUCCAUCGAAAAUCGAAGUAGAUGUGAGCAAACUAGACAUAGCGGACAAAGUGUUGAUGCAAGAAGUUGAAUUCCAUCCGUCGUUGAAGCUGUUGAGCAAGAAUGAAACCUUGCCUGUGUGUAAGAUUGUUUCCACAAGUCCGGUCAAAGAACCAGAAGCUGUCCAAGCAUAGAAUAAGUCAAGUCCCUUGAGAAGGAGGUAUUCCCAAUUGGUUGAACUCUCUAGAAGGAAAGAAGCACCCUUCAUCAAGUCCUCUCUAGCUUCUCUUUAUUUUUUGUUCUUGAACGAAGCAAAUUCAAUUCGAAUUGCUGAUCAGAUUUGUUUUUUGCGUCUUUUUCUGGAAUGUUACUUGACUAGUAG